GACCGCAACUUCAGCAAGAAAAGCCGAAGCGUUCGCACCCAUCUUUGACCCUCAGGAUCAACCAAGCAUAGCGAAAGAGCAUAGCCAAAGCCCAACCAACCUUCCAUCAACCUUCCACCAACAUACCCAUCCACCAGCAAGAUCAGAACCUCGCUCCGAGAUGGCCGUCGGUAUCGUUAAGAAAGUGUCGUCGGUGCUGCCGACGGGUUGUCGAUCCGAGGCGCCCGUAGGCUUCGCCGAGCUUGUCAUGGAGCUGAAGCAUGCACUCGGUCCAUCCUCCGGGCUGACCUCGGACGACGUCGACGUCAACCACCUCACAUGGAUCAUGGACGGAUACGACGCCAGAGAGCAGGGCUGGCUGCCGUUCGCCAUGCGGGACGCAAGCAGAGGCUACACUCGUAACCUGGUAGACGAGGGCAACGGCAAGAGCAACUUGCUUGUCCUCGUCUGGUCGCCUGGCAAAGGCAGCCCGAUCCACGACCACGGCAACGCGCACUGCCUGAUGAAGAUCCUCCGAGGGGAGCUGACCGAAACGCGGUAUGCCCAUCCCAGGGAAGGGAUCGAGGAGCCAAUGACGAUCAUAUCCGAGAGAACACACAAGGAGAAUGCCGUGGCGUACAUGGCCGACGAGCUCGGCCUCCACAGGGUGUGGAAUAAGGGAAGCGACUUCGCUGUGUCGUUGCAUCUGUACACGCCCCCAAACGUGGCCAAGAAUGGCUGCUCCGUCUUCAAUGCCAACACGGGGAAGAAGAGCCAUGUAAAAAAAUGUGGCAACUUCUCUGAGUAUGGUCGUCGGCUCGAAGAGGCUUCGGGAUUGUGUUAGUACUGCAAGGAAGAUGAAGGUGUAAUCCAGGUGUAAUCCAGAUGUGAACGGCGGCUCCGGGGUAUUGGAUAGGGUGGUGGCUUGCUUGUUUAUUGUCGCAUUGUGCUCCCGUCUGGCGUGUUGAUAUGGCAGCGGUUCCGGUAUAAGCGACGAGCGGGAAGGGAAAGCCCAGGCUUCAGUAUGUGAUGGCUUUGCACAGUGAGUGCUAGCAGAGAUAGGAUGGCAGAAAUGAUAGCAGAAACUGUUCCAACAUCAUGAAUACCGUUACCACAGCCAUAAAACAUGAAGUGAGGUUGGAUUGCCUGUCGUUGGGCGUGGUAGAGGAAUAUUAAAACAGAACGCUGA